AUGACGGAAUGCAAUUGUUUCGCGUCGGCCUUGCAGGUGUCGGAUUCGCUGCACAGAACCGAGACUGCCCUCGCCUCGACCUCCUUUGAUCACAUCUUGAGCGUCGCUCGCUGGGCGGCCGCCGUCGUUCGCCAGUAUGCCUCCUGCUCAAUGUGCUCGGACCCGAGCUACUUUACCAUCUAUGUAAUCAUUCUGCGCAAAGCCGCCAGCUGCUACAGCUCGCUCGCCCACUCUUCGAGCGCAUCCUCCUCGCCUGGCACCGCAAGUUCUAGCUCCGGCUCCUCGAGCCAGGGCUGGUUCGGCGCCACAACCAGAGUCCGGAUAGGCAAUUUUGAGGUCGACACGCCUCUUGACGACCACACGCGAAGCGUGAUUCUUCGAACUGAAGUUCGGCGUGCUUCCGAGGCUGCGGCGCAGCUGGAAUCAACGCUGGACUCGACGAGCGUAAAGGCGACGAGGCAGGUUCGCGACGAAGCAGCCCUAACGUACCAGAGAGGCUUGGUCGCCGUGCUAAGAGAAGAACUGGCUGCAGUCGAGCGACUUUUAUAUUCAGUAUAG